AUGGCAAACAAAAGGAAGAUGCAAAUCGCGCUAGACCACGCGAAGAAGCGAGUUCAAACCCCUCAUGCUCACACGCAACUGUCGGCUGUUCAUAAAAUCGACAACAGCGUUGAUCGCCUCACUAAUGUGUUAUCCCUGAUCUCAACUAAGUGUCACAUGCGCGACGAAUAUUUGGGCGAGCUCCAAAAAGUUGCUGCUAAGCGAUGCCGACACGGAGGCGUGCCUGUGGCCCUUCAAUGGGCGAGCUGGAUGGGUGUAAAGCACAUAUUUGACGCCUCAAUUGUUGCUAUUGAUAACAUCGGCGCAGACUCCAAUCUUGUCGUCGAUAGAAUAUCCGUGACGAAAGACCUCUGGACAAUCGCAGUGUCAACAAGUCAUCGGCGCCGGCACACUUACCUCCUCGACUUAGAAAUGACCCUUGAUUUGUACACAACACUGCCCGUAUAUCAUGGGUUAAUACAUACAUGUAUUUCUCGUAGCCAUCUCGACUUAGUCAGGAUAUUUCUGGAAAAAGCCUCGGCUGUCAUUAGUCUGCGAGCUGUAGUGAAGAGCGAUAGUGAGAAUCUGGUCAAACUUCUGUUAGAUCUUGGUGAGCAUGAGGCACAAUGGGGGAACAGGGGAUUCUUUCUUACGGCCAAGGGUAUGCGACAACUCCUUGAACAGUCAUAA